AUGGUUUUUAUCGUCAAAAUCCUUAGGACAGGCCUAGGACUGGCAUCAGAAGCAAUACAUGCCAUCCGAGAUCCACCUUCGUCAAAUGACUACUCUUGUGCCAGCUUUCCUGAUCACUCUUCCUCAGAGGACUCAUCAAAGAACUCCGAGUGCGUUGAGCUCACUGAGACAGCUGCUGUAGAUAUUAUUGACCGGCGUCAUCUGUCUGAAUACAUCAAUGAUGAGAAUUCUGAGCAGAAUAAGACGAGAGCCCUUUUCGUCGAAUCAGAUGCCUCGUCAGAAAAUUUGGCGACUACUGAUCAGGACGAGGUGGCGUGGCAGCUUGAUGAUUUGGCCGAACUGCUGAGACGUUCAAGCUGCGAUAAUCAAUCACAACCACGUCUCUGUGAAUAUGAUUUAAUCAACUCAGGCGAAAAUGCGGAGGAAGAUGCCCAAGAAAAAGUUAAACAGAGGGAAAGGUUGGUUCGGGAGCUCGUUGCUAUGGCAGGACACCGUCCCGAAGAUCUACAGCGACUUUCGUGUCCCGUCAUAAUUCCUCAACGCCGGCCUAGAAAUAAAGACCGCGGAUUUGUUCGUGCAUACGCACCUAUUCUCGAAGGUUGUGGGAUCAGUGAUGAGGUCUUCUUAAAAUUCUUGGAAUAUCUGGAUAUAAGCAACCAUGCUUCAGCCUGGAUUGAAGUAAUCUUCAUCGCUGCUCAAAUAACUUCAUCUAUCCCAUUUACAACAGCCAUGAUAGUUGGUAUGGUUGUCUCGAUUGUUGCUGGCACAGCUCGAGAGUUACAGAAGCGUACUCGUGCAAAUACUUUUCUUGAGAUGGUUAAUCGCGAUUUGUUUAUGCCGCGCGGAUUGUUUGCUAUGGUGAUUGCAUUCAGACCAGACGAUAGCGCACAUCAAGGACCGCUAGACAAGAUAAACAACUCAAUGGAAACUCCACUUUUCAAAAAGGAGAAGGUCGAUAUAGCCCAGGCAGCUAAAACGUGGAGCAAUCUUGAUCCAGAGAGAUCUAAAUUCCGAAAAAAAGUUGAAAAAAUCCGGGUGAAGAGUGGGGAGACAAAUUCCGUGCUAGAAUUGCCCGAAGUUGCACCUCUAGUUUAUCCUGAUUUGGAUCGGAUCGCACUAGAUGGCUGUAAGUCUGAAAAAACACAAAAAAUUGUGGAAAAAUUCAAAGGCGCCGGAAAAUGGGUCAGCGACUACAUGGAUAGAAGAGCCAUGGUCUUCUUUGAAGCAAAACAUCCAGAAACCCCACUAGUUGUUCCUACUCACCAGCGAAAACCCAUGAAAUCCAGGUUCAACGAUCCAGAUCACCCUGCGAACAGUGGUUCGAUUAUUUCCCUAGUUACCGGUGGCUUAGUCCCGGUACCCGGACCUGGUAAAAUACUUGCUCAGAGAAAUGAAUUACUAGGGAUAAAUCGACUUCUUGGUCAGCAUUCUAACCCAGACGAUGGUCGACUGAUUCCCAGCACUGGAAAACAUUAUGUCAAGAAGAUCUUCCAAAAGGAUGUGCUAUAUCUUACAAUAGUAAAUUUACCCACCGACGAACAAAUGGAGGGGACAAACAUUCCACUUGAAAACGCGACUUAG